UUAAAACUGACUAGAUAUAUGCUGUUGCUGGUGUUGAGUUUUGUGGUGGUAGCCGCGAAGGUACAGAAUGAUCCGGCUGGGCAGCAGAUCGUCAUGUUCAAAAAGAAAACUGAGGGACCUGUUGGCAUAAUGACUACCAGCGCCGGAGCUCCCAUCGACAUAAUCGACGCAACUGUGACACUUAAUUCUCCUCUCAUAUUUAAUGAAUACUUUAUGGACUCUCUGACGCAUCUCGUUCGGGAGAGAAUCCCUGAACGACUCGUCCACGCCAAAGCUGGAGGGGCCUUCGGUUACUUUGAAGUCACCCACGAUAUUACAAACAUUUGCAAAGCCAAACUCUUCAGCCAAGUCGGCAAGCGUACUCCUGUUGCUGCGAGAUUUUCACCAGUCGUUGUUGAAAAAGGUGGCAUCGACACCUCUCGAGACGCCAGAGGAUUCGCUGUCAAAUUCUACACUGAAGACGGAAAUUUUGAUAUUGUAGGAUUCAACACUCCUAUGUAUGUUUACAAAGACCCCCUGUUAUUUACGACAUUCGUAAGAGCGCAGAAAAGAAACCCAGCCACGAAUUUAAUUGACGGUAAUAUGCUUUGGGAUUUCUUGACUUUGCGACCAGAAAGUCUACACAUGUUUAUGAUUGUAUUUGGCGAUCGUGGUAUACCAGAUGGUUACCGGCAUAUGCCUGGAUUCGGUAUUCAUACCUAUGAAGUUGUCAAUGAAUAUGGUGAGAAGCAUUUCGUCAGAUUCCAUUUCACGCCAGAGGAGGGAAUCAAGAAUUUACGAUCAGAACAAGCUAGAAAAAUAGCUGGGGUAGACCCUGAUUAUGCAACUAGAGAUUUGUAUAAUGCUAUUGGCAAUGGAAACUUCCCUGGUUGGAAAGUCAGUAUUCAAGUGCUUACUUUAGAUGAAGUAGAAAAUGCUGGGUUUGACGUCUUUGAUGUGACUAAAGUGCUUCCACUUAACAAGUAUCCAUUAAGACCUCUAGGAAGAUUUGUUUUAAACAAGAAUCCUAUAAAUUACUUUGCUGAGAUAGAACAGCUGGCAUUUAGUCCAGCUAAUCUUGUUCCUGGUGUUUUGGGAGGCCCUGACAAAGUAUUUGAAGCUCGUCGUUUGGCCUACAGAGAUGCCCAGUAUUAUCGUUUAGGGUCAAACUUUAAUAAGAUACCUGUAAAUUGUCCCAUUCAAACCAAACCUCUGAUUUACAAUCGUGAUGGUGUACCUCCAGUGAAAGAUAACGAAAGAGAUAUACCGAAUUAUUAUCCUAACACUUUCAAUGGUCCUGUUCCUUAUAAGGAUAAGUACAGGGCGUCUUUGAUUCAGAUUUAUCAGGACGAUCCGAAUAAUUUCGAUCAAGCUAGAGAUAUGUAUGAGAACGAGAUGACAACUGAUGAAAGAACUAGGUUUGUGGAGAACAUUCUGUAUAGCCUAGGUAGUGCGGCUUCCUUCUUGCAGGACAGGGCGGUCAAGCUGUUUACAAUAAUUCAUCCUAAUUUAGGUCAAAGAAUAGCAGAAGGCUUAGCUGUGAAUAGAACUAAAUUUGACUGGGAUGAUUAG